GUGAAUAGAUUUGGGUUCAGUCAGUGAGCAUCAGCAGCAGCAGCAGCAGCAGCAAAGAUAUUCACCCAUUCACGCUCACACACAUACACACCGGCGUAUCGGUUAAAGCAACAUCGUUGACGAAUUGGUCGGAGCCAGUCGCACCUGCGCCAUGGAGCGAACCGAGAUCGGAAGCAUCGACGCCGCCGCCUUUCUGCGCAUUUGGCAGCACUUCGAUGCGGACGGUAAUGGCUACAUCGAGGGGAAAGAAUUGGACCUCUUCUUUCGGCAUCUUCUUGCCAGCCUGGGAUUUGGGAGCGACCUUGGCGACAAGGAGCUGUACGACGUCAAGAGCAGGUUCAUGGAGAUCUACGACGUGACGUCCGAUGGCAAGCUGCAGCUGCAAGAGGUGGCGAACAUGAUCCUUCCGGAGGAGGAGAACUUCCUGCUGCUCUUCCGUCGUGAGAAUCCACUGGGCAGCAGCGUGGAGUUCAUGAGGAUUUGGAGGAAGUACGACACUGAUCACAGCGGAUACAUCUCAGCCAUGGAACUUCGGAACUUCCUGGGCGAUCUCUGCGUGGAGCACCAUCGCGAUGUGACCAGCGGCAAGCUGGACGAGUACACCGACUCGAUGAUGAAGCUGUUUGAUCGGAAUCAAGACGGACGCUUGGAUCUCACGGACAUGGCUAGAAUUCUCUCACUGCAAGAUAAUUUUUUGCUGCAAUUCAGAAUGGAAGCCAUGGAGGAUUCGGGAAUGGAUCAGCGGAGAGCUGAUUUUGAGAAGAUCUUCGCCCAUUACGACGUGAGCAAGACUGGAGAGCUGGAGGGCCCGGAAGUCGAUGGCUUUGUGAAAGACAUGAUCGGUCUUGUCAAGCCCAACAUGAGCGGCACCGACUUGGACCAGUUCCGCGAGGUCCUCAUGGAGCACUGCGACCUGAACCGCGACGGAAAGAUCCAGAAGACCGAGCUGGCCCUCUGCCUCGGUCUACGCUUCAGGCCCCUGGACUAAGACGCGAGCCCCCCCCC